AUGGGACUUGGACUUACGCUUGGAAUUGUCAACUGUUCUUGGGCAUUGGAGCUCUGGGCCCUUGGACAGACAACUCCAGAGUUGCAGGUAUUCUCGAGAGGCAGAGUAGCAGCUUACAACAUCUUCAAUAUCAUCGACCGUGCGUCAAAGAUCGACAGCAGAAAUAUUGAGGGCGAGGUCCCUGAAAAGCUGGAUGGAUAUAUCGAGUUCGAUGAAAUCCACUUCCACUAUCCAGCACGCCCGGACGUUACAAUAUUUCAAGGCUUGUCCCUUGAAGUACCCGCUGGAAGUUCUGUGGCGUUGGUCGGUGAAAGCGGCUCAGGGAAGAGCACAGUAAUCUCUCUUCUUCAGCGAUUCUACAAUCCAAUUUCAGGAGAAAUACGACUAGAUGGAAGGAAUAUAGCGCACCUACAACUCAAAUGGUUGAGAAAGAACAUUGGCGUGGUAGCACAAGAACCCGUCCUGUUUGCCACCAGCAUAAAAGAAAACAUCAGACUUGGAAAGAUAGAUGCAACUGAUGAAGAAAUUGAAGCUGCUGCUACAGCAUCAAAUGCAAUCGGAUUUAUCAUGCAGCUGCCUGAACGUUUUGAGACUCAGGUGGGAUAUAGUACUGCGCAGCUCUCUGGUGGUCAAAAGCAACGAAUUGCAUUAGCGAGGAUGAUCGUUAAGAAUCCUACCAUUUUGCUGCUCGACGAAGCAACAAGUGCACUGGAUAUCGAAUCGGAGCAUAAGGUGAAGGACGCUCUUGACGCUGUCAUGGUGAAUCGCACGGCGAUAACUGUUGCACACCGACUCUCCACGAUUCAGAACGCCAAGAAAAUUGCAGUUUUCUCAAAAGGCAAGGUGAUUGAGCUUGGAACUCACGAGCAGCUUCUUCAAAAGGAAGGAGCAUAUGCUACACUGGUGCGUCUACAAGAAAGGAACAAGGACAACCAUAAACAGCCAGAGACGUAUUUUCAACCUUCGAGCUUGUCUCCCUACAGACCUUCUCUAGACCGCACAGGCAACUCCCCGCUUCUUUCACAGGAACCAAAAAACCAACAGUCCGAAAUUGAGCUGCGUCGCUGGAGUUCGCUGUGGCAACUUUGUAAGUUGGCAGGGAGAAACUGGCUUGAGUUAUCAACGGGCAGUGUAGCAGCUCUGGUUACAGGCUGCAUCAAUCCGCUAUUCGCUCUUUUCCUCAUCGAGGUAGUCCAACUUUACUACCAGCCCGGGUCCAUGCACAAAGUGAACAGAUGGUGCGCAAUUAUCACUGCGCUGGGAGCUACUGCCAUCUGCACGAACAUUUUUCAGCAUUAUUUAUAUGCUAAGGCAGCGGAAAGCAUCAGUCAAAAACUCGAAGAACAUGCUUUUACAGGUAGGAGCAACACGCCACAAACAUCGCUCACUCUCGACUUGUUGACAGCCAUUUUGGAGAACGAAAUAGAGUGGUUUGACAAGGAAGAAAAUACAAGCAAUGCACUCACGGCUCAACUUUCCUCGAAUGCAUCAAGCGUCCGAACAGCAAUGAGUGACAGGCAAGGAUUCCUGCAAAAAGGCUUCGCAGGAGACCUGGAAAAGCUACAUGCAAAAGCAAGCAACGUCGCUGGCGAAGCAGUCAGCAACAUAAGAACUCUAGCAUCAUUCUGCGCUGAAGCCAAGAUCCUCGGUGUGUUUCAGGACCAGUUGAGUCAGCCACUCAAGCAGAGCUUCAUACGUGCUCAGAAAGGUGGCAUCCUCUUCGGACUCUCGCAGUGUGGACUCCACCUUGCGAAUGCAACCGGACUGUGGUACGUCUCGCUGCUAGUUAAAAAAGGACGCAGCAACUACGCGGACGCUCUCAAGGUCUUUCAGAUACUGGCAUGGACAGGCUACGUUCUCGCAGAGGCUCUCAAUCUCUUCCCAGACAUCACCAAGGCACUUCACUCAGUCGCUUGCUUACAGAAAAUUACCAGAAGAAAGACACAAAUGAGACCAGAUGAACCACACAGCAGGAAGUCAGACGACAUACUCGGAGAAGUCGAGUUCAUCGAAGUCGACUUUAGCUAUCCCAGCAGACCACUGGUACCAGUACUCUCAAAGUUUAAUCUUCACAUGAGAGCCGGAAUGACUGUCGCGCUGGUAGGCUCGAGCGGAUCAGGCAAGAGCUCAGUCAUCCAGCUAGUGAUGAGAUUCUACGACCCAACCGCUGGACGCGUGCUUCUAGACGGCCACAACCUCAGGAACUACAACUUACGAUGGCUCAGGAAGCACAUAAGCCUCGUCAACCAGGAACCAUCUCUCUUCUCGACAAGCAUACGAUCAAACAUCACAUACGGCAAAGACAAUGCAACGGAAGAAGAGACAAUCGCAGCAGCCAGGAUCGCAAAUGCUCACGGGUUUAUCAGCAGCUUACCUCAAGGCUACGAAACGAGCGUUGGAGAGCGCGGCGUCCAGCUCUCGGGAGGGCAAAAGCAGAGAAUCGCCAUCGCCAGGGCCGUGAUCAAGGAUCCAGCAAUUCUUAUGCUGGACGAGGCGACGAGCGCGCUGGACUCGGAAUCUGAGAGAGCCGUGCAGCAAGCUUUAGACGAGAUCCUGGAGAGGAGGAAUCGCACAACCCUAGUGAUCGCUCACCGAUUGUCCACCGUGCGGCAUGCGCACGCCAUCGCCGUGCUCCAGCAGGGCCGAAUCGUGGAGCUGGGCAGCCACGACCACCUCAUGGCGGAUCCGCGCGGCGCCUACGCCCGGAUGAUCCAAGAGGGCUAAAGACAAUG